AAAUCUCUCUCUCUCUCAUCUCCGCCAUAUAAAUACCCAAUUCAGCUCUCUCGUUUUUCAACCCAUCACACUAAUCCAAUCCCAUUCCUCUCUCUCUCUCUCUCUCUCUCUCUCUCUCUCUCUCUCUCUCUUUCAUCAUCAUAAUCCGGUCACAGUUGAUCCUUCUUCUUGAGUGAUCCCUUCCCGACGGUCAUCGUUCGCGAUUUGUUGUUUAUCAUCGAGAAAUGGAGGCGAACAGCUCGUACGGGACGUCGUGGGCGGACCAGUGGGACGACGGGCCCGACCCGGUCCCCGCCGGCGGCAAGAAGACCUUAGGAGGAUCCUCCACCUCGGGCGGCUCAGCGGCCAAGUACAAGCAGAAGGUGGGAGAGGGCCUCGGGAAGACCAAGACCGCGGCGUCCCACGGCGUCAAGAAGGUCAAGGAAGGCACCUCGGUCGGGAUCCAGUGGAUCAAAACCAAGUACCAGAAGACCACUCAGAAGCACUGACCAAUGGACUCUCUCUCUCUCUCUCUCUAUAUAUAUAUGUAGUGAUCAUACCGUGUUAUGUGCUGUGCUGUGCCAUUGAUGGGAUGUGUACAUAUAUACAUGUGUUUAUGUAUGUAUGGAUUCGAGAUCGGAAUCAUAUAUUAGGACUAUGGAGUCGUCGCUGAUCCGAUUGGGUUUUGUAUAAUAAUAAAGAUUGAUUCAUUUGUUGGUCGAUUA